ACCACUCAGAGGCGCAGCCGACAUGCCGGUUGCAGCCAAUCGUGACUGUCGAUGGAGCCGGGUUGCUGGGGGCGGGACUUCCGUUGUCAAGGCAAAUGUCCGGAGCGGCUGCUGUUUUUGUUGCUGAGUGGUGCCCGGUGUGAGCUCCCAGUAACCCGCCAGAUUCAUUCCAUGUUCUAGAUGGGAUAAAUUACAGCCAUGUUCAGCUUUGAGGGAGACUUCAAAACCAGACCGAAGGUCUCACUGGGAGGAGCAAGCAGAAAGGAAGAGAAAGCAUCCCUUCUACAUCGUACCCAGGAAGAACGGCGAAAGAGGGAGGAAGAGAGGAGAAGGUUAAAGAAUGCAAUAAUCAUCCAAUCCUUCAUAAGAGGCUACAGGGACAGAAAACAGCAAUACUCUAUCCAAAGAAGUGAGUUUGAUUACUGCGUUAAUUUGGCAUCUUCCAGUGGAAGCUCUGUAGAUGGACACACCUUGACCCUGCUAGUGCGGAAACUGCUCUUCUUCUACAGACAGAAUCAGGAUUCAAAGCGUUUGAUAUGGAUUUGUCAGAACUUGAUAAAACACAACUCUCAGUUUGUAAAACAUCUGAUUGGACCAGACAGACUCACUUGCCUUUAUCAAAUCAAACGACUGCUGGGAUUAUGUUGCAGGCUAAUGCAGUAUUGUGAGGAUGACGGCCUCAAUGUUGCACUACCUAUGAGAAUGGUGGAAGUCUUUUCAGCAGAAAACACAUAUUUGCCUGUCCUAGGAGAUACAACAACUGUAGCUUCAUUAGUUGAACAAAUUUUGCACUACAUGAUUCAGAAAGGAUACUAUAGGUCGCAGUACUUAUUAAUUAACAGCAAGCUUCCAUCUAGCAUCGAAUACACAGAUGUCUCCAGAGUUCCUAUCGCAAAGAUUCUUUUAGAAAACAUUUUGAAACCACUGCACUUUACUUACAGCUCCUGUUCUGAUGGUGCAAGACAAUAUGUUUUCUCUGCCUUUAACAGAGAGUUUCUGGCUGCACCUUACACCGAUCAGAUCUUCCAUUUGAUCAUUCCAGCACUGGCAGAUCUGCAUUCUGCCUUCCCAUACGAGCUUUUUCUCAAUGCACUACUGGAAGGACAACAUCAAAGUCCACGUACAAGUAACCAGGCCCCCUGGCUCUUCUACGCUGUGCUAACAGUUGGGGAAACCUAUCUGGGCACUCUAUCAGAAGAAGGAAUGCUGAAAUACUUAAGAGUACUACAGACAUUUCUCUGUCAGUUACCUUUCUCCUCUGGCACAAACCUCCAAGAGCUAAACAGCGACUCUGAAGACGAGGAUGAAGACAUCAGCAAAAUGGUCACUACAUUUGGUGAUAGCAAAAUGUCUGUGCAGUAUAUCACAGAGGAGUGUCUGAAGAAACUGGACACUAAACAGCAGACCAACACCUUGCUAAACAUGGUGUGGAGAGAUUCCGCCAGUGAGGAGGUCUUCACUCUCAUGGCAUCAAUCUGUCACACUCUAAUGGUACAACAUCGAAUGAUGGUUCCCAAAGUCAGACUUCUAUACAGCCUCGCCUUUAAUGCUAGAUUUUUAAGACACGUAUGGCACUUAAUUUCUUCCAUGACAACAAAAAUGAUUACAGGGUCCAUGGUUCCGCUCCUGCAAGUGAUAUCAAGAGGCUCUCCAAUGUCAUUUGAAGAUUCCAACCGAAUCAUCCCUCUCUUUUAUCUCUUCAGUUCAUUAUUUAGUCAUUCCCUAAUUUCUAUACAUGAUAAUGAAUUCUUUGGUGAUCCAAUGGAAGCUGUUGGUCAGCGCCAGUCCUCAAUGAUGCCUUUCACAUUAGAAGAACUAAUAGUAUUGUCUCGCUGCCUAAGAGAUGCAUGUCUGGGGAUCAUCAAACUGGCGUAUCCAGAAACAAAGCCAGAAGUGCGGGAGGAAUAUAUGGCUGCUUUUCGAAGUGUUGGAGUAACGACCAAUCUGGAGAUGCAGCAGCGCAUACAAACAGAGCAAAAAAGGUGGAUCCAGCUGUUCAAGGUGAUCACAAACUUGGUAAAAAUGUUAAAGUCUCGGGAUACCAGGAGAAAUUUUUGUCCACUCAAUCACUGGUUGUCAGAGCAAGAGAAUAUCAAGGCUGAUAAAGUUACCCAACUGUAUGUACCGUCAGCCAGACAUGUGUGGAGAUACCGGAGAAUGGGGAGGAUAGGACCAUUACAGUCUACCUUAGAUGUGGGCAUGGAACCAGCACCCCUCUCUGUGUCUGAGGAGCGACAGUUAGCAAUACUGACUGAACUUCCAUUUGUAGUACCUUUUGAGGAAAGAGUAAAGAUCUUCCAAAGGCUUAUAUAUGCCGACAAGCAAGAGGUACAAGGAGAUGGACCAUUUCUGGAUGGAAUCAAUGUCACCAUUAGAAGAAAUUAUAUAUAUGAGGAUGCCUAUGACAAACUUUCUCCAGAAAAUGAGCCUGAUCUCAAGAAGAGAAUCCGUGUCCAUCUACUGAACGCCCAUGGCCUUGAUGAAGCAGGGAUCGAUGGUGGUGGAAUAUUUAGAGAAUUUUUAAAUGAGCUACUUAAAUCUGGUUUUAAUCCUAAUCAGGGAUUCUUUAAAACUACUAAUGAGGGUUUGCUGUACCCCAACCCUGCAGCACAAACGCUGGUCGGAGACUCUUUUGCCAGGCACUAUUAUUUCCUGGGCAGGAUGCUGGGCAAGGCCUUAUACGAGAACAUGUUGGUAGAGCUGCCUUUUGCCAGUUUCUUCCUAUCCAAGUUGCUGGGGACAAGUGCUGAUGUAGACAUUCACCAUCUGGCCUCUCUGGAUCCUGAGAUGUACAAGAACUUACUUUUCUUGAAGAGCUAUGAAGGCGAUGUAGAAGAACUGGGGUUAAAUUUUACCGUGGUCAAUAAUGACCUGGGAGAAGCACAGGUGGUGGAACUGAAGCUAGGAGGGAAAGAUAUCCCCGUAACAAGUGCCAAUAGAAUUGCCUACAUCCAUCUUGUAGCGGACUACCGUCUAAAUAAGCAGAUCCGUCAGCACUGCAUGGCUUUCCGGCAAGGACUGGCCAACGUGGUGAAUUUGGAAUGGCUCAGGAUGUUUGAUCAGCAAGAAAUCCAGGUGUUAAUUUCAGGGGCACAAGUACCAAUCUGUCUUGAUGACUUGAAGUCCUUCACAAACUAUUCAGGAGGAUACUCCGCUGAUCACCCCGUAAUUAAAAUUUUCUGGAGAGUUGUUGAAAACUUUACAGAUGAGGAAAAGCGAAAACUACUGAAAUUUGUGACGAGUUGCUCUCGCCCCCCGUUAUUAGGUUUUAAAGAAUUGUAUCCUGCUUUCUGCAUACACAAUGGAGGAUCUGAUCUGGAGCGACUUCCCACUGCAAGCACAUGCAUGAACCUCCUGAAACUGCCAGAAUUUUAUGAUGAGAAUCUAAUGAGAAGCAAACUGCUUUACGCUAUAGAAUGUGCCGCCGGCUUUGAGCUGAGCUGAGUCUAGGUUUUAAUUCAGGAGGAGGAACCCUGCCAGGGACUGGAAAUCGGUGCCUAAACAGAAUUCCCCAUCUAAUGGAGAUGCUUCAGGAAUCCUGACUUUAAUACAUGGAAAGUCAAAGUAAAAAUCUGCCAUAGGUCGCCAUACCGUG